AUGGCAGAGGGACUGGAGCGGCCAUACUUUGAAAACAGGUCAGGGGGUCUCUCGGAGGCGGAUGCCUAUACAGGGGCCCUUUACUACACAGUAAGCAGCAUGGCGACUGUGGGCUUCCGCAACAGCCCCAACACCAUACUAGAGAUGCGGUUCAUCAUCUGCCUCAUGUUUUUGGAGUGGACCAGUGAGAUGAUUGUUUACAGAACAGCUGCAGCAGUCAGAGUUUUUGAAUCAAAAUCACCACGAGAGAGAUUCCAAGUUGUGGGAGGCUGCACCGUCCACACACUCACUAUAGAAGCUUUCCAGACCGUCUUCGACACUUUCCCACCAUGGACCAUGAAUAUCAACGAAGACCUCAAACCGGACCUGGACUGCGAAAUCUACCACGAGGAUACAGUCUAUGAUGCAUCCAUGAAAGCAAUACACCACGACUCCGUGAAGCUGAUCAAGUUCGCGGACGACACCACCCUCAUUGGACUCAUCUCCAACAACGAUGAGUCCGCCUACAGGAGGGAGGUGGACCGGCUGGUGUCCUGGUGCAGUGGUAACAACCUGGAGCUGAACGCCCAGAAGACAGUGGAGAUGAUUGUGGACUUCAGGAAGAGCACUGUCCCCCCGCCCCCACCCUCCGUGAUGGACUCCCCCAUCACCUCUGUGGAGUCCUUCCGUUUCCUGGGCACCACCAUCACCCAGGACCUCAAGUGGGAGCCGACCAUCAGCUCCCUCAUCAAGAAGGCCCAGCAGAGGAUGUACUUCCUGCGGCAGCUCAGGAAAGCCAAGCUGCCUGCACAGAUGUUGGUGCAGUUCUACACGGCCAUCAUCGAGUCCAUCCUCACCUCCUCCAUCACCGUGUGGUUCGCUGGAGCCACAGUCAGGGACAAACAGAGACUACAGCGCAUUGUGCGCUCUGCAGAGGAAGUGAUCGGCCGCAGCCUUCCAUCGCUGCAGGACCUAAAACACAAGUUUCCAGAGGACCUCAGCAGAAAUCUGCGGUGCUACGCCACAAAGACCCGGCCGUCUCAGGGGAUCAACCAUGACCAUGUUGGGAUCAAGCACCGCGCGUUGAUCCAAGAUUUCCCGAAGGACCUCAACAAGAAAAUCCACCUGUACCUGUUUCGGCAAAUCCUGGGCCGGCAACUUCUCAAGCGUGGCGACACCAGAGUGAAGAAGGAGCUGGCCCUUCACGUGAGCGUCUCCACUCAUUGCCACGGAGACAUAUUCAUACACAACGGCGGGGUGGUGCAGAAUCUGCACAUGAUCAGUAGCGGAGCGCUACAACCAGAGAAUGGACGCUUAUUGGAUUGUGGAGAAUUAAUUUGA